AUGGCUUCCUCACUCGCAGCCGAGCAGGACCUGCUCAACAAGCAAGAAAAGAGCGCCUCGGGCGGCUUCUCCUUCUUCGGCGGCAAGCAGGAAAAGUACGAAAAGGCCGUCGAAAUGUACCGCUCCGCCGCAAACGCCUACCGCGUCAAACUCACCUCCAUCGACGACCCGGAAACCAUCUCGCUCGCCAUAUCCCAAGGCGGUUCUGCCCUCGAGUCUGCCGCCAGAAUCUGCACCGAGAACCUGGAAGAGCAGCUUGAUGCCGUCAACAUCUACAACGAGGCGUUCAAGCUGUAUCACGAGGUGCAGCCAGAAAAGGCCGCGACGAUGCUGGAGCAGGCCAUCAACAAGCAAAAGCAGUUGGGAAGGUGGAGGCCGGCUGCCACAAACACCGAGAGUCUUGCGAAUCACUAUCAGCAGGUGCUGGGAAAUAACGCAAAGGCCAUCGAGGCCUACAAGGACACCCUCAAGUGCUACAAGCAAGAUCCCGCUCCCGCGCUUGAAAACAAAAUCACACUGGCCCUGUCAGACUUGCAGGCACUAGAGGGCGACUACAGGAGUGCCAUCGAUGGCUACGAGACGGCUGCCGACAAGGCUCAGAACAACAACCUCCUUGCCUGGAACAUCAAAAACUACCUUUUCCAAGCCGGAAUCUGUCACUUGGCCACUGNNGACAUGGUAGCUACAUCCCGCGCCUUUGACGAGUGGCGCUCCAAACACACGCAAUUCACCACUGCCCGCGAAUUCCAACUCCUCAACGACCUCAAGGAAGCCGUCGAAGCCGGAGACCAAGACAUGUUUGCCGACCGCCUGUUCCAAUUCGACCAGAUGCAAAAGUUGAACAAGUGGCAGACGACCGUGCUGCUCAGGAUCAAGGAGAAGAUUGAGAGCCAGGAUGAGGAUUUCUCAUAG